AUGCUCCCGACCAACUUGCACCGCUUUGCCCGUUUCCCGCCUGAACUCCGCUGCAGCAUCUGGCGCUUUGCCCUCGGCGAGCCCCACGUCCACCGGCUCCGCAUCGGUCCCGGACAGGGAGAAAGCCAGAACCAAGACCAAGACCAAGACCAGUCCCUCGUCCUCUACCCAGCCGAAACACUCCCCAGCUCCACAGCUACGACGCGCACCAUCUUGUCAACAUACAUGGAAUCACGCAUAGAAGCCAUCCGAGCCCUGCCAGACUCCCUGCCACUCUUUUCCCCAUCUCCCAACGCGGCCGGCGGCUGCUACACACUCCGCUUCAACGCCCGCAAGGACGUCAUCUGCCUCGCGGAGCUCGAGCCCGAUGCAGUGGGAGCCGUGAGGACACUCCUUCGCGACCCACCGCCGAACCGAAAGAAGGACGACUCGCAAUGGCUCAAGCAGCUGGGGAGCGUAAAGCGUCUCGCGAUUGAUGUGCGCAACAUAAGCUUCGUGUAUGACUACAGAGAACUCGGUCGGCGCAGGGAGGAGCUGGCUGUGUUGCCGUCCUUCCUGGCGGCGUUUGCGGGGCUGGAAUGGCUCUUCCUGAUUCCCUGGCCGUCGCGCGAUGAGCGGGCUACGCUGGUGUGUGAUCCGAAUCCGCCUCACGAAGAACAGGAGGAGCAACGGGAAGGAGUUGAUCAGAUGGAAGGUGAAGACGAAGUAGUAGAAGCAGAGGAUGGGAAUCUUCAGCCACAAGAUGCUGAGGCUGUCUCCUAG